CGUUUACUAAGAUGAUCACAAUAAACGGACAAGAGUACCACCUCCAGCUCGUAGACACGGCGGGGCAGGAUGAAUACUCCAUCUUCCCACAGACGUACUCCAUAGAUAUCAACGGCUACAUUCUGGUUUAUUCCGUUACGUCUAAUAAAAGCUUUGAAGUUGUUCAAGUAAUCCAUGAAAAACUGCUGGACAUGGUUGGAAAGGUCCAAGUUCCAAUUAUGCUCGUCGGAAACAAGAAUGACCUACAUAUGGAGCGAGUAAUCAGUUGUGAAGAAGGGAAAGCAUUAGCUGAAUCCUGGAACGCAGCCUUCAUGGAGUCCUCUGCUAAAGAGAACCAGACGGCCGUGGAGGUUUUCCGGAGGAUGAUCCUGGAAGCAGAGAAGAUGGAUGGCGGCGUGCAGCCGGGAAAAACCUCCUGCUCCGUGAUGUAGAGCCGCCCAAUCAACACACAGGACACUGCACUGGGAAAUCCCGUUACUUGAAGGCUAGCCGCCAGUUCUCCUCCACCUCAGCCGACUCCACCCUCUUCCCCCCAGGGUCCCAAAUAUCCAACGCUGUCUAUUUAUGGCUCUGAUUCCACUCUUAUUUAUCAGUAUUUCCCAUUCCCUUCUCCCAUUCUUGUUUUUCUUUAUAUGUUUGAGUUUUAAGAAAUGGAUGCGUGGUGGUUCCCUCGUCUCAUAUUUCCCUCAGCCCAUGUCUGUGUGCAGCACUGAUGCAAAACAUUAAACAGCCUUCGUGGAUGGAUCAGAAAGAACAGAUCCCUGUCACAGAGAUAUUAGUGGUUUGCUGCAUCUUUGCGUCUCGUGCAGUUUCUGUAUUGGUUACAGUUCCUCCUCAGUUUAAAGAAUACAAGGUGUGUGCCAUGCAUCUGAGAACGAGGCGAACACGGACAUUUUUUUUCUGAUACAUCCGCAGCUGUUUGACCCUCUCUUUUCUACUUCAUCACCUCAUAGUUCCAACUUCUCUGUCCCCCACUCUGUUUCCGAUUGGUUACUGUCCGCCAAACCUGCAUCCAUUUUCUAAUGUUAAAAAUGUUGUACAAAUGUUUUUGAUUGUAAUCAUUAAAGCAAAAAGUGGUUAUGUACGAA